AUGGAGGGACCUAAUUGUUUUAUUAUUUUCCCAACUGAGUUCGGACAUAGUAAGCGUUUAGUCUUGAGGAACAUGCGGGCGUGGUGGACGGUAUUGACCAUCACGGCUUGGAUGGUUCUGUUAGAGAUAAGCGAGAUAAAGAGCAAAGAGAGCUGCUAUUAUGUGACGUUUACCUAUGCUAAUUGGACGGAUGACAGACCUCGAUUUGUGGUGAACAUGACUUUCUCGAACCAAACUGGCAUCGGCUCCGUCACCACCAUUAACGAGGAGAUAGCUUCACCUGUCUCUCGCAUCCUGAUCCUCCAGCACUCCGCCCGAGAGAAACCUCGCACCAUCUAUAACGCCUCCACCAAGCUUUGCGACCUCCAGAACGUCUUUAACUCGGUGCCGCUCUUCAAGCCGGCCAAGGACAACAUGCUCAAGCAAAGUAACUUCACGCUGAGCUGUCCGCUGGUCAAAGGCACCUACGCAAUGAACAACAUGCGGGUUAGCCCGAAGAACCCCCUUUUGAGUCUUCUGUACCAACCCAAGCGCUCCUUCUCAGUGAAGGGCGGAUUGUUCGAGGAGCCGCCGCGGGGAGGGCGGCUGAGACCGUUGUCCACCUAUUUCAUGGCAGGAAAGGUUGUGAAAAAGUCCUGUGGAUCCAACGAAUGAGUGGUAAAAAUAAAGAAGCGCAUCUAAAACUGUAUUUUUCGGACAGCUUAUUAGUAUACCACAAAAUGUUGACUUUCUAGUAAAGUAUACCACACUUUUAAAAUUCAUUUGUAUAAGCAUAACGUUAAGAGGGCUGUUUAUCACAAAUGGAUGAUAAUACGGCGUCGGACUCCCAAUGGUUUGACCUUAGAUUAGAGGGUCAAAGGAUAUCGUUUGAAUAAUGACUAAAAACAGUUUUUUGUUUUGAUUACCGUGAUUACUAAAUUUCGAUCGCAAAUAUAUAAAUCAGCUAUUGCUUUAAGCAUGAUCUAUAGU